CUAGUUUUCAUUCAUUCUGUAAGACUAUCAAAAAAGAAAUAAAAAAAAAACAUUUGACUGCUCCCUCAUAACAUUUAAAAGAAGACAUAUAUGUAGGGCAAAAUAAAUCUUUAGUUUAUCAUAGACAUUGGGCGAAUAAACAACAGAUUUUGUUUUCUGCAAAGAAAUAUUUUUGUAAUUUAUUGUCCUCAACUAAUAUCGGAGUCAAGAUGAAAAGUGAUGAGAUCAUUGAUAAAAUGCGCAAUAAACUUCAGGAAUCUGAUCCUUCGAAUCGCAGUGUAACAAAUGUAUUUCAAUUUCAUUUCACUGAUUCAGAUGGCAACCUAAUUAAAAGUAUGGUUUUUGAUUUUAAAGAAUUAAACAUAUACGAGGGCACUUGCACGGACGCCGAUGCAGAAAUAACUGUUAGCGAUGAAAACUUUUAUUUGGUUGGUUCAAAAGCAACGACAUUUGACGAUUUACUUGCUAAUAACAAUGUCAAAAUAGAUGGUGAUGCAGAAGCUUUUAACAAGCUAAAAGAAAAGUUCCGUCUAAAUGCCAAAAAAGAGUAGAAUCAAUAGUGACUGAGAGAAUUUGUAAUCCUCGAAAAUAUUUAACGAACAACUUUGUAGAAUUUUAAUAGUUCCUGUAUAGCAUGUUUAACACACAUAAAAUGUAACAAUGUGAAAUAUAAAAUAAAAUUAGAUGAUUGUAGUUUAAUAUAAAUAUA